AUGUUCAUAUACUCCGUCAUUAUACCCAUCUUUCCAUUCUCAUUGGUGACACGUCUAAACGUGGCAGAGGAUCAAGUUCAACACUGGGUGUCGGUCUUACUGUCAGUUUAUGGGGCAGCUUUGCUGACAGGGGCGCCUAUCUUUGGAUUCUUUGCAGACAAAAUGAAGCAUCGAAGGUCAUCUCUUCUCAUCGGUCUCGUGGCUCUCAUAGGAGCUACAUUUCUUUUAUGUCUUGCGCCCACGCUCCCCGUCUUGAUUAUUGGUCGACUUCUACAAGGGUUUUCUGCAAGUGUCACAUGGGUUGUCGGUCUUACUUUGUUAGCGGAUACUGCAAAUAAGGAAACAGUUGCUCAGUCCUUCGGUUAUGUAUCAGCUGCUUCAUCUCUCGGGACAAUUAUAGGACCUGUUCUUGGAGGGAUUAUGUAUGAACGUGUGGGAUACUACCCUGUUUUUGGACUAUGCUUUGCAUUCCUAGGGGUUGACAUUUUCCUACGCUUCAUCAUAAUUGAGAAAAAGUCCGCCGCUAGGUGGUUGGAAUCGCCACUUACCAGCUUUCAAUUGCAAUCACCUAGGGAAUCACCGUUAACAGAGAUUCCAGCUCCCGCUAUCUCUCGUCCAGAAAGCAAGACGUUGCCAGCAAUCUUUACUCUUUGGAAAUCAAAACGAAUGCUAGCGGCCUUCUGGGGAGAUUUUGUAACAGCAACGGUCAUGACAUCGUUUGAUACAACCUUGACUAUGUUUGUGAAGAAGACAUUUCACUGGUCAUCUUUACCAGCAGGAUUGACCUUCUUGGCUCUUCUCCUUCCCACAUUUCUUGGACCUGUGCUCGGAAUGGCCGCUGACAAGUACGGAGCGCGCUGGAUAUCCGCGAUUGGGAUACUCAUCAUGAUACCCCCUUUGAUACUGCUUAGGUUGGUUGACCAUGAGUCUUUGAACCAGAUAGUGUUGCUAUGCGCACUACUCAUCCUGAUUGGGCUGGGCGCGGCUAUGGCAUUGACAGGGUUAUAUGCGGAGUAUAGUAAGAUCUGUGAUGACAUCGACGCGGAAAGCCCGGGGUCUUUGGGUAAUAAUGGUGGCUAUGCCCAAAGCUAUGGCAUAUCUGAGAUUGCCUGGGCUUUGGCAGGCUUAAUCGGGCCUUUAAUGUCUGGUGCAAUCUACGAGGAUUAUGGCUGGGGGACUUUGGGAUGGGUCUUGAGUGCAUUCUGUUUUGUGACUGUCAUUCCGACUAUAUUGUUCAUCAAGCAUUAA